ACAAACAAAUACUCGAGUUUUCAUGAUCGAGUAUCUUUUUUUCUAUGUAUCAGCACUUGAUUAGUCAUGUCUCGCAGCCAAUGUUUGAUUUUAUUUUCCCUUAAUUCUUUCCCCGCUUCUUAUACCCCCACCCCUAGUCACGGUUUCCCGACUAUGCUAUCAUUAGAAAGUGCGGUCGUGACAGAUAACCCUCUGUCUCUUUAUAUUUUUAUUUUGAUCUUCCUAAAAUUAGUUUAAUUUUUAUUUUUAAAAUACUUUUUAUUACAUAAUUAUUAAAAUAUAAGUUUCACUAAAAAAAUUUCUAUUAUUUUUCUUUUUUUGUUUUCAUACUUUAUCAAUUUUAUUUUUAUUUUCUAAAUACCAUAAUAGUCUAACUCUAACAUAAUAACAUUCAAUUAUUUAAUUUUAUAUUUGAUUGAUUGAUUAUUAAGUGUACUAUAUUAAAUGCUAAUAAUAUAUCAUUUUUAUGUUAUAAUCAAGAAAAUAUAUUAAUUAAGGGCAAUCUAAAUCAUUAAUUAUUUUUGUGUGGGUUAUUUUCAAAAAAUUGUAUUGUGGACUAGAGUAAGUGAUUAAAUAAUCAAUUCAAUUUUGAUGAUAAAAUAUAUGUUCUGUAUUAACUAAUAAUAUUGCUCUCACAUCAAACCUUUAAUAAACUUAUACUUUAUCAGUCAAAUCAAAUGCCAAAGAUAGUGAUAAAUGUAUAUAAUUUUACGUACAUAAAUCUAACUUUUUUUCAACAUUUUGCAUUGAAAAUUGACUUGUAAACAUUAAUUGAUUCAAAAUAAAUUUUAUACUAAUCAUUUUGCACCACUUCCAAAAAAAUUGAAAUUUUAACUUAAAUAUUUGUAUAUUUUAGAUUUGUUUUUACUAAAUAUUGAAUAAUUAAUCUGAAUCAGGCUCAAAAUCAUAUUACGAUUUGACAUAAAAUUUCUAUAUCAUGUAUUUCUUAUUGCUACAUAUAAUACAAUAAAUUUAAAGAUAUUAGGUACAUGUACAAUAUAUGUACAUUUAUCUUUCCUCAGUGCGGUUAUACCAAAAUUCGUCAUUUGAUAUUACAUCCUCUGUCAAUAAAUACCCGUUUUAAAUCAAAAAGGGGAAAAUGCAUUAUUCCAAAAUUCGUCAUUUAAUAUUACUUCCUGUCAGUAAAUACAUGUUUUAAACUAACCUAACUCGAAUUUUAAGAAUUCUAAAUGAAAUUCAAUGAAAAAGGUUAGUACUCCACUAAUAAAGUAUCAAUCUUAUAGUAUUUAUAUAUCAAUAAAACAUAACUAAUUAUAUUAAUGAAAUAUUAAAUUUAUUUAUCAAAAAUAAUACUAUAAAAUUUACUCCAUACUUAAGUUAUCCCUUUCUUCUACCAAAAGCUAGACGCUUUUUUAACUUCUCUACAUUUUUUUUCUACAUUUUAGCUGUGGAGUACGUUGUAUUUAUUAUUCAUUUCUUCCCUGAAAAAUAUGAACAAUUAAUUUUUUUAGUAAGUUUAUAAACAUUUUAAUUUGGGAAAGUCUUUUUUAUCUCAAGAGAUGAGACCAUCAUCCACUAAUAAUACUUUAAUUAAUUUUUUUCUAUUUUUUUUACUUUAUCAAGUAUAUAUAUUAAAUUCAUGUCUGAGCCAAAUAUUCAUAUUUUCAAAGUGAUUAAUAAAGCGAAUCAAAAUAUUUAAACUCAUUUAAAAAGGAAUUUGAAGCUUCACUUCUCUCAUUCAAAAUCACACUGCUUUUCUUGCUCAAUAAUUCUUCUUGGAUUUUUGGGCGAAUCGUGAUGGAGAACACCAAUGACAAGGCUGAUUCCGGCAACCAGGAAAACCCCAACGAUCCCUGCAAUCCUACCAACGACAAUGACAACCCUAUCUCCGGCGACGUCGCCGGAAAUCGCCCCCAGAGAACCCCCUUCACCGACCUCAGUCAAGUCGACGCCGAUCUAGCACUUGCUCGUACUCUCCAAGAACAGGAAAGAGCUUAUAUGAUGUUGAGAAUGGGAGGCGAUGGUGGGAGAGAUUCUGAGAGUUGGGAAACGGAGAGUUACGAUGAUUUUGACGAGGAGGAUUACGAUGAGUCGGAUGUUGAGAUGGGCAAUGGUGAAGUGCGUGUAUUUGAUGAGGAUGCUCAUGCUGAUGUAUUUGAUGAGGAUGCUCAUGCUGAAGGAGAAGACGAUGAUGAGGAUGGCCAAGAUGUUGAAUUGGAUCCGUCUGCAUUUCCAGAUGACGAAGCAUAUGCGAGAGCAUUGCAAGAUGCUGAAGAACGCGAGAUGGCAGCUAGAUUGUUGGCCCUGGCUGGGAUAAAUGAAAAACUCUUUGAAUAUGGAUUGUUUGGCAAAGGUGAAGAUGAUGAUGAAGAUGAAGAAGAUCAUGAUGGCAAUUCUCAAGAUGCAUUGGACGAGGUUGACCCUGAUGAACUAUCAUAUGAGGAGCUGCUUGCCCUCAGUGAAGUAGUUGGAACAGAAAGCAGGGGCCUUCCUGCAGAGACAAUCGCUUCAUUGCCAUCAAUUAACUACAAAUCACAAGGCAGCCAGGAAGGAAUCAGUGAUUCCUGUGUUAUAUGUCGGCUGGACUUUGAAGAUGACGACACCUUGAUACUCCUUUCUUGUAAACAUUCCUACCAUUCAGAAUGCAUUAACAGUUGGUUACAGAUAAACAAGGUCUGUCCUGUAUGCAGUGCCGAAGUCCCAACUUCUCAGAUGAGCUAGCAGACUCGAUGAUGAUGGAGUUUUGCAAGACAUGGGAGAGCACUAAACACCAGGAUGGUGAAGAGUGGGGACAUUCUGCAAAGAAGAAAAUAAAAGAUAGCUUUUCCAUCUUUUGCUAUAUUACUAAAUCUAUGAGCAAAUCCAGCUAUAUUAAUGUUCAUUCAUUUUCUUGUGCAUGAUUUUAUAUUUAUAUUCUCUUUUUUGCGGCCUAGUUUCUUUCCCUAAUCCAAAAUGUAUUUCGAAUUCUCUGUUUUGGUAUUUAAUUCUCCAUCCGUUCAUGAAUAAAUUGUUUCAUUAUUUUCCUUUUUUAUUUGUCUGUAAAUAUACAUAUAAUUUUUACUGUUCACGAGACUAAUUAUUUCAUUAUUUUUCUAUUUGUUUGUAUGUAAA